AUGACUUUUACUUUCUUUCUCGCUCUAUUUUUCCUCCCAUUUUCACUCUUCAGCCAUGCUUCGGCGGUCGAGGCUGAAAUCCGAUCACUACUCGAAUUCAAGAAGGGGAUAAAGAUUGACCAAUCUAGCAAAAUCUUCUCCACAUGGGUUUUCCCCGCGGAUCCCACCGCUGACCUUUCCGCCUGCCCUACCUUCCAUGGAGUUUCUUGCGACCCAUCCACCAGCUUUGUCACUGCCAUUGCCCUAGACCGCCUAGGCCUGGUCGGAGAGUUGAAAUUCACCACCCUUGUUCCGUUGAUGCAUCUCCAGAACCUAACCCUUUCUGGGAAUUCCCUCUCCGGCCGCCUUGUUCCGACCCUUGGUCUAAUUACAGAUCUCCAGGUCAUAGAUCUCUCUGGAAACCAGUUUUAUGGGCCCAUUCCAGCCCGUUUGAAUGACCUUUGGGCUCUGCAUUAUCUCAAUUUGUCAAACAAUAAUUUCUCCGGGUGGUUCCCUGCUGGGAUCAGGAACUUACAGCAGUUAAAAGCAUUAGAUUUGCGUUCUAAUCAACUGCAGGGAGAUUUACGAGGGAUAAUUUCUGAGUUGAGGAAUGUUGAGUACCUGGAUUUGAGUGGGAAUCAGUUUGUUGGGUCAAUGGAAAUGAGUGUUGAAAACGUAUCAAGUUUGGCCAAUACUGUUCAGUAUGUGAACUUGAGUGGGAAUGGGUUGGGGGGCGGGUUUUGGGGUAGUGAUGCAAUGAUGUUGUUUCGGAACUUGAGGGUUUUGGAUUUGAGUGAUAAUGGUAUCAUUGGGGAACUGCCGGAUUUUGGGCAAUUGCCAAAUCUUCGGGUUUUACAGCUUAGAAGCAAUAACCUUUCUGGCUCGUUGCCGGAGGGGCUUUUGCAGGGUGCUGUCCCGUUGUUGGAGUUGGAUCUCAGUAGCAAUGGUUUCUCGGGUUCCGUUCCAAAUAUCAACUCUACAACUUUAGACAUGAUGAAUAUUUCAUCAAAUUCACUCUCAGGCUUGUUGCCGCCCUCAUCAGGAAAUUGUCGGGUUGUUGAUUUAAGCAGAAAUAUGCUAUCAGAUGACAUAUCUGUUCUGAUGAAUUGGAAUGCCAAGUUGGAAAUUCUAGAUUUGAGCUCAAAUAACUUGACUGGAAGCAUGCCCAACUUGACACAGUUCCAAAGAUUGACUGUGCUUAGUAUUAGAAACAAUUCCUUAGAGGGUAUGUUGCCUUCUUCAUUGGGCUCCUAUCCAAAGAUCAUCACAGUUGAUCUCAGCUCUAACAGACUUGAUGGUCCGGUUCCGCGAACCUUCUUUACUUCAACAACCCUGUCAAAUUUGAAUCUGUCUGGCAAUCAUUUGACAGGAUCAAUUCCUCUUGAAGGCUCUCAGACUAGUGAAUUAUUAGUUUUACCUUCUGUUCCACCAAUGGAGUCUCUAGAUCUUUCAGGAAACUCCUUGACGGGUGAAUUAACUUCUGAUAUAGGUAACUUUGCGAGGCUUAAUUUAUUGAAUCUCGCGAAUAACCAUUUAUCUGGACAGCUACCUAAUGAAUUGAGCAAACUCAGUGGCCUGAAGUACAUUGAUUUAUCCCACAACAGCUUCAACAGUCACAUUCCUGAUGGACUUACAUCGAGCCUGGAAUACUUCAAUGUGUCCUACAACAAUUUGUCGGGAAAUAUCCCUGAGAACUUGAGACGCUUCCCCAGUUCUUCAUUUAUGCCUGGAAACAGCUUCAUUAAUGUGCCUGGUGGUUCGCCAUCGAGUAAUAAUGUUCCCAAUAAUAUUGAAAGAUCAGGACAUCACAGCUCGAGAUCUAGUAUCAGAGUUGCUAUUAUUGUUGCAUGUGUUGGAGCUGCGGUAAUGAUUGCCUUUGUUCUAUUGGCUUAUCAUCGGGCUCGACUUCAAGAUUUCCGUGUAAGAAGUGGAUUUUGUGGCCAGACUGCUGGUAGAGACGUUAAACUAGGAAGGUUUAGUGGGCCUUCACUUUUCAGAUUCCAUAGCAGCCCCGAGCCUCCUCCGACUUCAUUAAGCUUUUCUAAUGAUCAUUUGUUGACUUCAAAUUCAAGAUCAUUGUCUGGGCAAAUGGAGUCUCGUACAGAAAUUAUUGAGAAUGUAUCGUCCGAGGGAGUGGCUAUUGGCGUAGGAUCUACUAAAUGUCAAGAAGAUGUCCACCCUACAACAUCUGGAAGAAGGUCUUCUCCUGGGUCCCCUAUAGCUUCCUCACCUAGUUUUAUCGACACUAUAGAGCAAACUGUUACACUGGAUGUAUAUUCACCAGAUCGAUUGGCUGGGGAAUUGUUUUUCCUGGACGCCUCACUAGCAUUUACAGCUGAGGAGUUAUCGCGAGCUCCAGCUGAAGUUCUUGGUAGAAGUAGCCAUGGCACUUUGUACAAAGCUACCCUAGACAAUGGGCAUAUGUUGACUGUGAAGUGGUUAAGGGUGGGAUUGGUCAAACACAAGAAAGAAUUUGCAAAAGAAGUUAAAAAGAUUGGAUCGGUAAAGCAUCAGAAUAUUGUUCCUAUACGGGCUUACUAUUGGGGACCAAGAGAACAAGAGAGGCUCAUUUUAGCAGACUACAUCCAGGGGGAUAGCUUGGCUUUACAUCUUUAUGAAACAACGCCCCGGAGGUACUCCACAUUGCAGUUCAACCAAAGAUUGAAAGUUGCUGUUGAUGUUGCUCGGUGUCUUAUAUUCCUUCAUGAUAGAGGCCUUCCUCAUGGAAACCUAAAACCAACAAAUAUACUCUUGGAGGGCAUGGAUUACAGUGUUCGGCUUACAGAUUAUGGUCUUCACCGCCUGAUGACCCCAACAGGCAUUGCUGAGCAGAUCCUGAACCUGGGGGCUCUUGGAUAUCGUGCCCCAGAACUUGCAAGCGCAGCCAAACCUGUCCCAUCUUUUAAGGCUGAUGUGUAUGCUUUUGGUGUAAUCUUGAUGGAAUUGUUGACCAGAAGAAGUGCUGGGGACAUUAUCUCUGGUCAAUCAGGUGCUGUUGAUCUUACGGAUUGGGUUAGACUCUGCGAUCAAGAAGGAAGAGGUAUGGAUUGCAUCGACAGAGAUAUUGCAAAUGGAGAAGAACAUUUGAAAGCAAUGGAUGAUAUGCUCGCCAUAUCGCUGAGGUGUAUUCUUCCUGUCCAUGAAAGGCCUAACAUCAAACAAGUCCUUGAAGAUCUCUGUUCCAUAUCAGUGUGA